ACCCAGCAACAUCGCAACAACGUAGCAUCAUAUCUGUAAAAGAAACUAUGAAGGAAGCAACUGUUCUGUUACAUAUUGUCACAUUGAUGGCAUGUCUGUAUAUCAACGCUAGCACUUUCGUCGUCAACAACAACGACAACAACAGCAAAAGCAGCAACGAUAACAACAUUAAUUACGAUGUCAACAACGACACCAAAAUAGGGACGUCAGAAUCUUCAGUUGUUUCAUCCAAGCCCUGUACCCUGAAUUCGUCGCAUUGUAGAAGCGGUGAAACGUGUGUAAUAUAUAACCGCAGUUUACAGUGCCGUAAGUUAACUGCCAGAGAACAGUACUUUUGUUACCGAUGUAAGAACAGCUUAUGUGACUUUGACGGGGACGGAUAUAUGACAUGUCACUGCAAACCACAAUGGACAGGAGAACACUGCACUAAGCCAUGCUUGAGGAAUUGCACAGGAGACAAAGAAUAUUGCGAAUGCCCCGACAAUUUUACGCCUACAUCGAACAGCACAAAACAAUUCAACGAUACAAACCAGGGUCCUGUUACAAACCACCACAAAUCCUCCGUGACACCUAUUUCAACUGCUGUGGCUGUUACCGUAAUGCUAUUAAUUUCACUCGGAAUGUGUCUGGUGUGCACGAGACGGUUUCGAUUCUCUAUGAAGUUUGCAUACUAUCUUCAACCUUACGCAGAUAAAGAGGAGAAAUUAUACGACGUAUUCAUUUCGUAUAAAUCUUCAGAUACAGACGAAUCUUGGGUGAAAAACAUUCUGUUUCCGAAAAUCGAAGAUGACAUGGGGCUGAAAGCAUGUAUUCACUUUCGGGACUUCGUCCCGGGUGAGACUAUUUCAAACAAUAUCAUAGAAUGCAUACAAAACAGCAGAAGAACGCUUCUGGUGCUAACCAAUGAUUAUAUAGACAGCGAGUGGACCCGGAUGGAAUACCAAGUAGCCCAACAGGAAAUGUUAAAACUUCGUCACAGAAUUAUUCCUGUUAUUCUCGGUAAUUUCAAGGAUUUAGACAUCAAAGAUAAAAAUCUAAAAUAUAUUCUGGAAACAGUGACCUACCUAAAAUGGCCAACAGACCCAGGCAGCACACAUCUUCAAACUGCAUUCUGGAACAAUCUACAGAAGACUUUACGAAAGAAAUGCCAAUCAAAGCUAGUUUCUGUCUAAUUUUCUUGGAACUGUCUGCUAUGAAUUUUAUUUCAUAUUUAUUUUACAUUUAUAUAGUCUAUAAGAGAGGUUAUCGCAGGAUGAAUAUCGCAUAAUUGAGCUUUCCGUAAUGUAGCUACAUUAAACAUGAUACACAGAUUACUACUUUGAUCAUGUGCAUGUGUUUUAUCAUGUGUUUGUCAGUGUAUCGGAUGUUAAUAUUGUAACUGCUGUUAGUGGGUAGUUUGUGUGUCUAUAUAUUCGUGAAGACAUCUUUUCUUGACCAGUAAUCAUUCAUUCAAAAUGAAUGUGCGUUUAUGCAUUUAUCUGUAUGUGUGUAUCUGCGUAUGUGUGUGUGUGUGUGCGCGUGUGUGAGAGAGAGAGAGAGAAAGAAAGAGAGAGAGAGAG